AUGUCUUCUGAAAAUACUCCACCACCUUCAAAUACCUCAAUUACCACUUUAUCUUCGGCGUUUAACACCACAACUUCUGCAAUUAGCAAUACGACUUCUGCUCUUACCUCCACUUUGUCUUCCUUAACUUCUAGUGUACUACCCUUGGCUUCAGCUCAACAGCAAACCCCUCGUCAAACGUCGACAACUCAGCAACCUGAGACUAUGAGAAAUCAACUUUCUCCUUCUCUAAUUGAUGGUGUUAAUCCUAAACAAAAGAAUGUGAAUAAUGUGACAGCAGAAAUGUUUAACAAAGUUGCUGAAUAUUUAAAGGGAGAAAUGUUAGCGACGAAUGAAGAUUAUAAACUUUUAGAAAACAUGAAUAAUGUCACGCGGGAUCGAUAUAAAGAAAUGUCCGGGAUGGCACAAAAUUUGGUCGUGGAAAUGGCCAAACUUCAAAGGAUUUACAUUGAUAUCGAACCAUAUAUCCAGCAAAUCGAUGAAGUAUGUGAGCAAAUUGAUUUUUUGGAGAAAGUGACGAGCGAGUUGGAUGAUUACUCUAAGGAAUUGGAUGGACACGUUGAACAAAAAGUCUGCCACAUUCCUUCCGGUAAAGAAUUUUUUUCGUUUUUCAGAUCUCUUAGGAAUAUUAAAAUGCACAGACAAAAGCAGCAGUCAAUGUCAGAGAUUAAACUCCGUCGGCUAGCGGAGCUUAAUCAGCGACUUCGUGAGGAUUUAGAUCGCCCACGAGUGAGAGUUAGCGAAGCUAGCAAUAGUUUAAUCACAUACUGUAAGAACACUCGAGAUUUCCUGGUACCAUCCGUUUGGGGACCAGUUGAUAAGCGUGACGAUCCUUACGUGAUGUCUGGUGGUAGCUGCCAUUGUAAUAUUAUGUAA